AUGACGACGAUCACUCACGUUGCACGGCGAGCGCGUUCGACUGGCGAUUCUCGGUAUCGACGCUCGCCCCUCUUGAUGCACGUCGUUUUGAGCAUCACCGUCUUUCUCAGCUCAUUCAUCUCGAGUCCAUCAACCGCCUGCCUUCUUCGCUAUUCCGAUUUCCAUUUGCGCUUCACCUUACCAUCGCUUGCGUUGCUGUAUGGUCUUGCAAGACCAUUCCUUGCUCGACUGGAUAAGGCCAAGCUGGUGGUGAUAUCCCUUCUGGCGUUGGUAUGGACUACACCGUGGGAUAACGUCAUUGUCAAGAACAAAGCUUGGAGCUAUCCGGAAACCUGCGUGCUGGCUCGAAUAGGUCAUGUGCCAGUGGAAGAGUACGCAUUUGUAAGUCUAGCUUGCCGCGCCAACUCGUAGCCCUUGCGCACCUGCUGAUCGAAAGAGCUGACGCAUUUGUACCCCAGUUCAUCAUCCAAUCGCUCAUCACGACGCUUUUUGCCACGUUGAUCCUUCGAUGGCAACCGCCCAUUGCGUCUCAGACACACCGGCGAAGGCUGUUCCUCGUGCCCAUUGUCGUCUUCUGCGUCGGGCUGCACUACGCCAAGAAGGAGACACACACGUAUUAUGGCGGCAUGAUUGCCUGGUGGGUCUCAGUCCCACUCACGCUCCUCUGGUUUGGCGUUCAAGGGGCUUGGCAAGCGCUGUCUCUCGGCCGAAAAGCUUUAUGGUUUUCUGUCUGGAUCAUCCCAACAUUUGCUCUGUGUGCUGCUGAUCGCUACGCGAUGCAGAGGGGUACGUGGCACAUCAACGUGAGUUCCGAUGGCAUCAUUCCAAUCGCGGCAUUCUAGGCUGUUGACUCUCUUGCAAGCGUGCCAUCUUCUCUUCCGCAGGAGGCCACUUCGUUGAACAUAUUUCCGGUGUCCGACCUGCCAAUCGAAGAAGCCGCAUUCUUUGCAGUCACCAACUUGCUGCUGCUGAGCGCCUUCUUGGCCUUUGACACGACUGUGUUUCACUUGCGCGUCUGCGCUCCGUCCAGUGUUGCACCUCUAGGCGCAGUCCAUCUGCCCUUGGCCUGGUCUACCGUUGGUGUCCUCUGGAAAGCUUUCAUCUCUUUCGACAGCUUCUCAUCUGGAUCGGCAAAGGGGUCCAUGGAGCGUAGCGACGAAGCAGACGAUGUUCGGACCGCCUUGCGAGUGCUGGAGAAAGCUAGCAAGAGCUUCGCUGCUGCAGCCAAACUUUUACCCUGGGACUUGCGCAGGGACCUGUCCUGCCUGUAUGCGCUGUGCAGGGCCGCUGACGAUGUCGUCGACGAGGCUGUCCCCACCGCCGAAUCGAAAGCGACUGCAGUGGUGGAAGGAAUUUCGAGCAAACGAAACGUCAAGCUUGACUUCUUGCAUGGCGUCAUCGACGCUGUCUUUGAUCCUUCGAAAGACACAACCGACUCGCAAAUAAGGGACAACGUGUUCCGGGCGGUGUCGUCCUUCUCCACGGGUGGAGGGGAUGAGGGGCUCGCGGCUGAUCAGCUGGAGGAAGUGAGGGCGUGCGCUUGUGCGUGCAUUUCACUUCGACACAUUUUGCCUCUGGCUCUCUUCCAAGAGCUAUUGAGGGGAUACGAGAUGGACCUGAAGCUCGGAAGCACGGCCAAAGCCCGCAUUCCCGGGUUCGAGGCUUCUCGAACAAUGCGCACAGAAGAGCAGCUGAUCGACUACUGCCAAUGUGUCGCGGGAGUGAUUGGAGAGAUGGUCGUUCGAGUGGUGUUGAGUCGCACUGGUCACUUGGUACCCAAGGACUUAGCCGUGAGCCGGGACAUUCGAGCGCCAAAUGCUCGAUUUGACAAGAAAAGCGACGCUUCGACACGGGGGAUGGAAGAGCUUUUGUGGAACGCUAGGAAUAUGGGCGUAGCGUUGCAGCUCAUCAACAUCGCCAGGGAUGUAGUGAGCGACGCACAGAGCCUCCAGCGGUGCUACCUCGUCAUUUCAACGCCGCAAGACGAGUGGAUCUCGCACGCACUCUCUCUAGGCAAGAUUCGAUGCUUAGCAGCCGAGGCACCUACUGCCGAGCAUAACGAGACAGAGGACGACCACGUACCGACGACGAGGGACGUCCGACCUCAUGUUCUUGCUUUGUUAGAGCACGCCGAAGACAUCUUUGAACAGUCCUUGCCAGCGCUUAGGGCUUUGCCCUGUGUGCCCGCUCGAGCAGGCCUCAGAGCAGCCUGCUGCGUUUACGCGGCCAUCGCUCACCAGAUCAGAGCUCAGGAGGAAUCAGCUUGGGAGAGAGGAGAAAGAGCUUUCGUCUCUUUCUACAAGAGGUUGUGGAUCGCUCUUUGUGCUGUGUAUGCUGAGCGUUGA